GUCUACAAAAAAAAAGACGCGAAAAAAAUAAAAAAGUGGAGAUCAGGUGAAUGAAUCUACUCUCUCUACGCGUAUUGAACGCCGACGCGGAUUCUCUAUCGACCUUUCGAUCCACCGUACUGAGCCGCCGCCGCCGAUUUGUAAUUUCAAAUCGCGGAGGGAGUAUAAUUGAUAUGUAUUAGUUGAAGUGGAGAGAAGAUAAAAAUGAUGGAAGUGGAUGGAUCCAACACUUCCAUGAAUCGUGCUCCUCCUCCUCCUCCUCAAUCGUCCUCCUUACGUUCCAGCCGAUCCAAAGUAUUGUAUCAGUUUAAGCAGCAGAAACUACCAGCUUGUAAGCCAGUCUUAACUCCAACCUCGGUUAUAACAGUGUUUAUGUUGAUGGGUUUUGUUUUCAUUCCCAUUGGCUUUGUUACUCUCCGUGCUUCUCGUGAUGCUAUUGAAAUUGUUGACCGGUAUGAUGUUGAGUGUAUUCCUGAAGAAUAUAGAACCAACAAACUCUCUUACAUUACAGAUUCAUCCAUCUCUAAGAACUGUACUCGUUACUUAAAGGUACAAAAGCAUAUGAAAGCUCCCAUUUUUAUCUACUACCAGCUUGAUAACUACUAUCAGAACCACCGCCGGUAUGUAAAGAGUAGAAGUGAUCAACAACUGUUACACGGACGUGAGUAUAGCCACACGAGUGCUUGUGAACCCGAGGAGUCAUCUAAUGAUGGUCUCCCCAUUGUCCCCUGCGGGUUAAUCGCUUGGAGUAUGUUCAAUGAUACGUUUACCUUUGCUCAGCUGAAGGUGAGCAGGAACAACAUUGCCUGGAAGAGUGACCGUGAGCACAAGUUUGGAAAGGAUGUUUAUCCUUUCAAUUUCCAGAACGGUUCUUUGGUUGGUGGAGCUAAGUUGGAUCCUAAAGUUCCUCUAAGUGACCAAGAGGACUUUAUUGUGUGGAUGCGAGCAGCUGCUCUACUAAGCUUCAGGAAACUAUACGGAAGAAUCGAAGAGGACUUGGAACCAGGGAGCGUUGUUGUGGUGAAUUUGUUCAACAACUACAACACUUAUAGCUUUAGUGGGCAGAAGAAGCUUAUUCUCUCCACGUCGAGUUGGUUAGGAGGAAGAAACGACUUCCUCGGCAUCACAUAUAUCGUCGUUGGUGCCUCUUCCAUAGUCAUAUCCAUCAUCUUCAUAUUGCUCCAUUUAAAAAAUCCGAGGCCUUAUGGAGACAAUUCUUGGAACAAGAAAAGCCUUUCGAGUUAAGAAACUGUUGUUACCAUUCUUUCUCUAACAUAUUCCGAUUCCAGGUUCAUAUAUACAUUACUCAAGAGCCUGUAUAUGUGAUCAUAUAGAUAUAGUGAGAGUAUAGAACCAUUCUAUGAAGCCUGUAGUUGUAGAAAAAAACUGAUAAAGGUUCCUCGGUUUUCUCUAUUACAAUUCGGUUUUUGGGUUCUAAAGAUAAAGUGUUUGACCCCUUUUGAAGUCGUAAACCUCUAUAUGUGAUGGGUUUAUUUGGGUACAAUCUGUUUUUAGAGUGUCUAAAGUUAGCAUAUCUAACAGAAAAUAUGUUAGAGAAUGCAUCAUUGGCGAUCUGCAAACCACACACUUUCGAUCUUUGGUAUCCCUAAAAACAUUUUCUCAUUUUC